AUGAGCCAGUCUGUUAUUGUACCUCCUGUUCAUGAUACGUCACCGCCACCAUUUGACGAUGAUGUGGAUGAAAAUGAUCUGAUUCCAACUAUACAACAUGAAGAAAUAUUAUCAUCGGCUUCAUCGGAUAUAUUGAAUAAUAGUAAUGAUGAUUGGAAAUCAAUAGAUAAUGAUAAUGAUACUGAAAUCGCUCAAAUUCAAGAUGAUAAAACAAUAUUUAAGAAUGAAAAUAUUUUGUCGAAUAAUAAUAUAACAAAUGAAGAAAAUUUAGAAGAAGAAAAAAUCGAUAAUGAUUGGGCAAAGUUUCCUACAUUUAAAAAUAAAACCGAUGAAGUUAUCGAGACUUUUCCUACGACAACAUCAACCAAUAUAGAAGAAAAUACUGAAAAUGAUUGGGCUGAUUUUGAAUCUAAUACAGUACCAGUCGUCUCUGAAUCACCAAUACAAUCAACAAAUGAUGAACCAACUACUAAAGUAACAGAAGAAGAUGAUGAUUUCGGUGAAUUUAGUGAAGUACAAGUCGCUCAAGAACCUCAAGUACCUACUUUAUCAACUAAUACUUUAAAUACUGAAAAAAUUGAAUCUUUAAUCUCGGCAUGUUUUCCUGUAGAAUCUUUACCAUCAUCAACAAAUGAUGAUUGUUCAAUGUCUACUGAAUUGCCUUCUUUUACUACUUAUAAAAAUCCAACAAAACAGAUAUCAUGUCUUGAAUCUAGUUUAGCUUUAUGGGAUACUUUAUCAAAUAUAUCAAAUGAUCCAAUAGGAAUUAAAUUUCAAUGGCGUAAAUCUAAUACAGAACGUUUAUUUCAUCAAGCAUUAGGAGUUAAUGAACGUUUUCGUACAAAAAGUGUUCCAUUAACACCAGAAAUUUUACAACCAGAAAAAGUCAAACAAACUACUUCAACGAAUAACGAAUCAGAAAAUAUUGAUAAUGAAAAUAAAUUAUCAACUGAAACAAUUCGCCCACAUUUUGAUUGGAAACAAAGUGGUUUAGAAAAUCCACUUACAGAUAAUGAUAAUUCAUGUAAUUCUCCGAAUAUCAGUAAGAAUGAGGAUAAUGUUUUCGAUGCAAAUAAAACACUUGAUCUGGAUUUUUAUGUUCCAGCAAUAAAAUCUUUUAAUGAAGACGAACAAAUAACAUCUUCACCAUCUAUUGAAAGAACUGAUAGUCCUAUUAUUCAACGACAACAACAACAACAACAGCAAUCACAUUCAAUACCAAUUAAAACAAUGGAUCUAUUUCCUGGUUCAACAACAAUAUUAAAUGAUGAUGCUAAACGUAUAAUUGAUAGUUUACCUAAUUUAAGUUUUAUGAGUGCUAAAGCAUUAAUGUUUCCAAUAAGAUUUAAUGCAAAUAAUAAUGAUGAAUCAACAACAUCGUACUAA